CUCCUCUCCCCCACCUGCCAUUCCUCCUUUCUCUCCCCCUGGGGAUUCCCACUUUUCCUUUCAUCAUCCCCCCCGGUUCACGUCAAACCCCACCUCCUCGUGCCCGGGCAGAAUCUCCCCGCGGACGAUCAAGGUUCCGGAAGUGAGAGGCAGGAAGACUUGGGCAGACAUCAAGCAGAAACAGGAGGGCUGGAUGUUCCACAGAGCUGUGGGGUUUCUCUAGCUCUAGCAGUGAUGGAGGUGAGGAGUUUCCCAGCAUCCUCUCUGCCUUGCUGCAUCUUCUCCCUCUUCCUUCUCCAGUUACCUUCACAGAACUCAGUUACAGCUCAAAUGAAAGUGAUUGGACCUGGUGAGCCCAUCAAGGUCCAAGUUGGAGGUGACGCUAAAUUAAACUGUUACCUGGAACCCAAGAAGGAUGCUCAGCACAUGGAGGUGAGGUGGUUUCGAUCCCAGUUCUCCCCGGCCGUGCACGUGUAUGAGCAUGGGCAGGACCAGACCGCAGAUCAGAUGAAGGAGUAUCAAGGGAGAACAGAGCUGUUGAAAGACACCAUCACUGAUGGGAAUUUGACACUGAAAAUAAGCCCUGUCAGAGUUUCUGAUGAUGGAGAGUAUCGCUGCUAUUUUGAUGAUGAAGGAGAUAAUGAGGAAACAACCCUGCAGCUGCAGGUGACAGCUGUGGGCUCUGAACCCCAACUCCGCCUGGAGGGACACGAGAUGAAAGGGAUCUGGCUGGGGUGCAUGACAACUGGAUGGUACCCGGCGCCCCAGGUGCGGUGGAAAGAUGCCAGAGGAGAGAUGGUUCCAUCCUGGUCUGAGUCCCUAAGCCAAGACACAGAUGGCCUGUUUGCUGUGAAGUUGUCUGUAUUGGUCCAAGAAGCCUUCGAGGGGACUGUGUCCUGCUCCUUAGAGAGCCCUCUCCUACCACAGGGGAAGGAGGCAGGGAUUUCCAUAGCAGUUCCUGGCCACCUACGAGCCUCUACCUGGAUGGUGGUGAUGCUGUGUGUGAUUGUGUUUCUCCUGCUAUUCAUUGCCUGUGCCGGUUUUUUCAUCUGGAAACCGCUUAUCUAGUAAGGGAGCCGAAUGCACGUGAAAAGGACGAAGAGUUCCUGAUCUGCAUUUCAAAAGGGAUACGAGAGCAGCAGAAAUUGCGAGAGCAGCAGAAAUUGCGACUGGGGCAUAGCAAGCCUUGAGCAGGUCACAGAAGGGGCUGGUGUCAACACUAAGAAGACCCAGGAGCAGAAUGCUUGUUUUAAUGUCUUUCUCCCCCACUAUACUGUAAGCUCACUGUGGGCAGGGAACCUGUCUAUUGACUCUGUUAUAUGGUAUCCUCUCAACUGCUUGUAACUGCUUAAUAAAUAGCCCCGAUUGAUUAA